AUGAAGGUUUCUAUCGCCCUUUUCGCCCUUGCUGUUGCGACGCUCACGGUCGCCAACCCCCUCCCUGAGAAGGCGCAGGCCGCUCAGGCAAACUACGGCAAAGCGAGUUACAUUCGUCGUGAAUCGGCGCAGGCUGCCAAGGCCGAGUAUGGAAUCGGCAAUGGCAACAAGUACUUCAAGCGCGACAACACCGACGCUGGCCGCCCCGUCAUGUACAGGAGGAAGGAGGCCUCGGCCGCAUCCGCGGAUACAUUCAUCGGGGGGGGAGGAAACUACAAUUGA